UUGGUUCAGUAAUCCAUCAUGUUUCGACUAACGAUUGUAACGUGUUCCUUGCUAUUCGCGCUAAGCGCGGGAGUGGAUGUGGAUUGGUACAAAAAUAUCAUCGUGUACCAAGUCUAUCCGAGGAGUUUCAAAGACAGCAAUGGAGAUGGUAUCGGUGACCUGAAUGGUAUCACCAGCAAACUGGAACACGUUAAGGACAUUGGUGCUAAGGUCGUCUGGCUAUCGCCGAUCUAUAAGAGUCCACAAGUUGAUUUCGGUUACGACAUCUCCAACUUUACGGACAUUGAUCCAGAUUAUGGAACUUUAGCGGAUUUCGACAAAUUGGUAACUAAAGCUAAGUCCCUCGGGCUCAAAGUGGUCAUGGACUUCGUGCCUAAUCAUAGCUCUAACGAUCAUCCCUGGUUCAAAAAGAGUAUUCAAAGGAUCAAGCCGUACGAUGAAUACUACGUCUGGCACGAUGGCAGAAUCGUAAAUGGCACCAGACUGCCGCCAAACAACUGGCUGAGCAACUUCCAGGGAUCUGCCUGGCAGUGGAACGACGUCCGCAAGCAGUAUUACCUACAUCAGUUUGCUGCAGGUCAGCCAGAUUUGAAUUAUCGCAGUCAGGCUUUAGAUCAGGAAAUGAAAAACGUGUUGACUUUCUGGAUGAAUCGCGGAGUCGACGGUUUCCGCAUUGACGCUAUCAAUCAUAUGUUCGAGGAUGCCAAGUUCCGCGACGAGCCGAGCGCAAACAGGACCGAUGUCCCUAAAGACGAUUACGAUAGCCUGGUGCAUAUUUACACGAAAGAUCAGAAUGAGACCUACGAGACGCUCCGGAGCUGGAGGGAACUGAUGGAUGAACACUCCAACCGUACCCGAUCCGAUCCAAAGUUGAUUCUCACGGAAGCCUAUACUACUCAUGACCUAACCACUAAAUUCUACAGUGCUGGCUCCAAUGUUCCCUUCAACUUUAUGUUUAUUACAGAACUGAACAACAAAUCUACCGCAAUGGACUAUAAAAAUCUGAUAGACAAGUGGGUCAAUACCGUGCCUCAGGGUAGCGUGCCGAACUGGGUCGUGGGCAAUCACGAUAAUCAUCGUGUGGCCUCUAGAUUCGGAAGACGACGAGCUGAUGAGAUUACCGAAAUGGCGCUGAUCCUACCUGGCAUAGCGGUUGUUUACAACGGUGAUGAAAUCGGAAUGAUAGACAGACAAUUCACGUACGCCGAAACUGUUGAUCCAGCUGGUUGCAACGCUGGUCCCGCCAGAUACUUUCUGAAAUCCAGAGAUCCCGAAAGAACACCGUACCAAUGGGACAACAGCACCAGUGCUGGAUUCUCCACCAGUGCGAAAACCUGGCUGCCCGUGCAUCCAAAUUACAAGACCCUGAACCUGGAAGCUCAGAAGGAGCUAUAUUACUCUCACUACCAGGUAUUCAAAAGUGUGAUGAGCGUGAAAAGGCGACCAGUCAUCGCACACGGUUCCUUAAACGUUACCGUAUACGACCAAAGGGUUUUGAGUAUUACUCGCACUCUAGGAAAUGACACUGUAAUUGUUAUGUUUAAUUUUGCCAAUGUACCUGUCACCGUAAAUGCUAGAGCUGCCCUGCCACUUUCUCCUACUCUGAUAGUUCAUACCGUCAGCGUUGGUCCCAAUCUUCGCCCAGGUACCACCGUCUUCACAAAUUCGAUAACUAUUCCUGCAUCUGCUACUGUCAUGUAUACUACUCCUAAUAUAUUUUGGUCAAAGGAUGAGUAUGUUUGAUUUGCAUUUCUUUGCACGGUUUUAGCAUUGCUGAAGUGUCAAUGAAGUGUUAUUAAUGUAGAAGCGAUCUAACUCGCAAUAAAUCUUAUUGUAUCCUAUAAU